UGGUUGAUGGUCAUCUGGACUAUCGUUACGUUCAAAUGUACAACCCCGGUUCCCAUCAUCGAAACUACUUUGUGAGUUACGACGGUAGAGAGAAAUACCAUUUCAAAUUCAGCCCCACCGUCUGGACCAAGGAUCUUGGGUGCGUCCUUGGUAUCUGUGGUAAUGCCAUUGGCACUUGCGGAAACACCUGUGUGUAUGCCGACGAUUACAAUAAAAGGUAUGGUGGUCCUGGAGCAAUUUCGGUAUAUUUUUAUCGGGCGAGAAGAAUUCAAGAUUCCAUUGAUUUUCCUAUUCGUGAACGUAACGGCGUUACCGAAGAUAAUAACGGAGAAGACAGCGAAGAAUUAGAAGAAGGUGAAUGGAGCUAUGACGAAGUAAGAUUCGAACAACAAAUUCUACCUAAAUUCGAAUUAAACCAAAAUAUUCUGGUCGAGAAUAAAUUGGUGACCAAUUCGAUUUGGAUUUCGACCAAGUUUGAAUGCGAGAAGUUUCCCAACGGAGUCGUAAUGCCAAAUGCCAAUAUUUUAGAAGCAAUCGAUACUUUUCCCGUGGCGGCUUUACACUUGCAUUACCGGCUUGCGACAAAUAAAUUGCCAAAGAUGAUCGAGCAAUAUACAAACAGAAAUGCUGGAAAAGAUGUAGAGAAUGAAUGGAUUUUUGAUGACUUCUUUGAUAGGCAAGGACCUACUAAAGAAUUGACUAAUCCAUUGAUUAAACAGGAAUUUUCUGGCGAAGGCUUUUACGUUUCAUUAAUGAAUCCAGAUCCUAUCAACAAUUACAUGAAUCUUUCAACUAAUUUUGAAGAUGUCGAGGAUGUCAAGGACAAGCAAGAAUCAAAAGUUAAAACAUCAUUCGAACAACAAUUCGAAUUUAACAAGGACAAGGUAUUGCAAGAGGAGAUGAACCCUAAAUUGUUAUGCAAGGGAGACACUAAAACUCGAUCGGUUGACGAGCUCAACAGAAAGGAAGGGUUCUAUGCGAUCUCAUUUAAUGGAAUCGAUGAAAUCAAGAUGGAUGAAAAAUUCCACCAUAAAGAAAAUUUGACACCUGGGAUUCUAAAUAAUACAAUUAAGACCUACGCUGGUGAACCAAUGUUACCGAGAUUCGACAUUACAUCACAUUCUAGAGAUUUUGAAUCG